UUUGCUCCGCCCAUGUAGUAAUUAAAGUACAGAUGAGCCUGUGAAACCUGCAGUUCAGCAUCUCUCAUCCUGAUUUAACUAGUGAAGAGAAAAUCACCCCGCGGUAGCGUUUCAGCAUAGGUGCAGUCUUGCACAAUGAGAGUUUUAAUCUCAUUGUAUGUAUCUAUGCUACUUGUUGGCAGAAGCAUCAACACUGGCAGCCUGUUUUAUCCAUUUGGAAAUGGAGACGCAAAGAAUCCACACACAGAUGAUGGAAGCUCACCAUUGAUUCAACUCCUGCAACCAUUUAAGUUUUUUGCAAACACAUACGACAAAAUCUAUGUCAACAACAAUGGACACUUGACUUUUGAUGAACCAUGGACCAGCUGGUCUCCGUACAGCUUCCCGGCUUACAGUGACAAAGAUAUCAUCGCUCCAUUCUGGACUGAUAUUGAUAACCGUAGGACUGGUGUGAUCUCAUAUCAGCAGUACACCUCGGGUGAUGUCCUGACGCAAGCUACACAAGACAUAAACCAAUACUUCCCUGAUCUAAGCUUCUCUGCUUCAUGGGUCUUUGUUGCAACUUGGGACAGAGUGGCAUACUACCGAUUUUCAGGAACUGAAACAUCUUUCCAAGCUGUUUUGAUUUCAAAUGGUCAUCUGUCAUUUGUUUUAAUGAACUACGGUAUAAUUGCUCCACCACUACACUGUGUACAGGCCGGUUAUGACACCUUCGACUCAAGCCACCAUUUCUCAAUAACGGAUUCAAUUCAGAAUGAAGUCACAAACUUAACAUACAGCAGCAAUGUCAAUGUUACAGGCAGAUGGGCCUUCAGAACAGAUUAUGGACCACCGAGUUGUCAGUUCAAUGGUUUACAAGUGCAGAUGGGAGAUUCUUUCUGGAGUGAUGCCACCUGUCAGGAGAGAUGCACCUGUACCAGUAGAGGCCUCCAGUGCAGCAUGGAACCCUGCACUUAUUCCCAAGCAUGUCGUGCAGCAACUUUCCAAUACUCUUGUCAGUACAUUCCAAGACAAACCUGUACAAUCGCAGGAGAUCCUCAUUACUACACCUUUGACAAUCAGAUUUUUCACUUUCAAGGAACUUGCACUUAUGUUCUUUCGGAGGCUUGUGGAAAUAAUUUGCAAUAUUAUCGUAUUGAGGGCAAAAAUGAUCAUCGAGGUAGUACACGUGUGUCAUGGACACGGAUGGUCAGAGUGUUUGUGUAUGAUCAAGAAAUUGAACUGAUUAAAGAUAACUAUUAUGAGGCAAAGGUUAAUGGGACCUUAAGAGCAACGCCAUUCACACUGAACAAUGGCUCCAUCCAGGUCUAUCAGUCAGGUUUCACCUUGGUCAUCAGCACAGACUUUGGUUUGGUUGUUACAUAUGAUUCAUACAGCUGGGUCGACAUAUCAGUGCCUUACGAAUAUCAGAAUGCAACAUGUGGUCUGUGUGGAAACUUUAACCUGCAUCCUGAAGAUGAUUUCCGUUCUCCUUCUGGAGAGAUACUGAGCUCAGAUGUGGACUUUGCCAACUCUUGGAAAGUAGACAGAGACCAAGAUCCUGAAUGUCAUAAUGUCAGGUGCACUGGUCUGGCUUGUGCUAAUUGUAAUACAGAUGACAUGAGUGUUUACAGUGAUGCAAACCACUGCGGGAUCCUAGGAGAUGUUUUUGGUCCUUUUGCUGCCUGCCACUCUGUGCUUGCACCACAGACGUAUGUAGAGAACUGUGUCUACGAUCUUUGCCUAGGAGGAGGAUACCAACCGAUUCUGUGUCAGGCUCUCAAUGUGUAUGCUGCUCAGUGCCAACAACAGGGGGUACAACUAGGCCAGUGGAGACAACAGGGAUUUUGUGAGAUUCAAUGCCCUGAGCACAGUCAUUUUGAGUCCCAAGGAACAAGCUGUCCUGCAACCUGCAGUGAUCCCUCUGCUCCAAUGAACUGCCCCUUGCCGGGCCAGGAGAGCUGUAUCUGUGAUGAUGGGUACAUUCUCAGUGCUGGUACAUGUGUACCUGAAGCAGCCUGUGGAUGCACCUUUGAGGGAUUCUAUUAUGCUGAGGGACAGUCAGUAGUGUUGGAUGAGGACUGUGGCAGGGAAUGUGUUUGCAGCAGCAUGACAAUGAUCUGCAAUCAGCACCAGUGUGGUCCAGCAGAGGUGUGCAAAGAUCAUAACGGUGUGAGAGGAUGCAGACCCACCAGCUAUGCUACUUGUUCAGUUGAAGGCCAAGGUUCAUAUCACACAUUUGAUGGACAAACCUUCAGAUAUCCUGGAGCUUGUGGACUGACGCUGGCAAGGGUGAUGGGGCCAUCCCAACUACCAUACUUUGCUGUGACAGUGGAAAAAGUGCCUAGAGUUCCUCAAGAUUUUGCUAGGUUCCUGAAGUUUGAGGCAGAUGGAACUCAUGUCUCCAUAGAUUUGGGUGAAGGCAGCAAUUUGCAGGUGGAUGGACAGAUGCUUGGUUUGCCCAUCAGUGUUGGUUCCAGUCAGAUACGCAUCUAUCACAGCAGUGUAAGAGGUUUUGUUCUUGAAACAAACUUUGGGGUGACCAUUAGAGCUGACUGGCCAAACAUUGUCAGAAUCACAGCACCAAGCACUUACAGUGGUACACUCGGAGGUCUAUGUGGGAACUUCAAUGAAAACAUUAACGAUGAGUUUUACAGCCGAGAUGGUGUUCUACUGAAUGACACCCAGACAUUUGCCGACAGCUGGCGUGAUGGGUCCCUAUCAACCCACUGUGAGGACACAACUGAAAUUUGGGAACCAGGACAAUAUCAGAUCAACAGUCAGUUCAGUGAGCACUGCAGUAUUAUGACCAUGCCUGAUGGACCAUUUGCUGAGUGCAGCAGAACACUAGACCCUGCACAACGCAUACAAGAUUGCAUUCAGAUGUUGGAGCAGACAAGUGGUGCCAGGGAGGUUCUAUGUGAGGCCCUGCAGGGAUACACACUGCUCUGCCAACAGAAUGGCAUCACAGUUGGAGAGUGGAGAAACCUUACCUACUGUGAUCCCAAAUGUCCACUGAAUACCCAUUAUGAAUUGUGUGGCACAUCCUGUCCGGCAUCCUGCCCUAGUCUUUCAUUUCCCUUCCAGUGCACUCUGCAGUGCCAGGAGGGAUGCCAGUGUAAUGAUGGACUUGUUCUGAAUGGAGAUCAGUGUGUGCCUCCAACAGGUUGUGGUUGCCACUAUGCUGGGUGUUAUCGGCAGUCUGGAGAGCAGUUCUGGCAGGGUGAGGAGUGUCAGUCUCUGUGCGUUUGUAAUGGGAUUACGGGAAAUGUCCAAUGCACACCAUCAUAUUGCAGUGAACAAGAAGUCUGCCGUGUGGUGGAUGGAGAGUACGGCUGUCAUCCCAAUCCACAUGCUAGCUGUUCUGCUUCAGGAGACCCCCAUUAUAAGUCUUUUGAUGGAACCUACUUUGAUUUUCAGGGCACAUGCAGAUAUGUGCUGGCCACAGUAUGUAAUGACACUCGCAGUCUUCCACACUUCCAGGUGGAUGCAAGAAAUGAGGCUUGGCAGGGACUCCCAGUUUCAUUGACCGUUGAGGUUUUUGUCAAUGUUUCUGAGCAUCUUGUACACAUGUCACAGGACAUGAAUGGUUAUUCUUCUGUUCAGGUUGAUGGAGAGAUCCGGAACCUUCCCAUCCUACUUGACUCUGGCCGGGUAUCUGUCUACUCCACUGGAUCACAAAUAGUUGUUUCAACCGACUUUGGUUUCAGUGUGACUUACGGCUUCUGGGCAGUAAACGUCAUUGUACCUGCAGACUACAGAGGAGUUACCUGUGGACUCUGUGGUAACUAUAAUGGUCAUACAGAAGAUGACUUCAUGACUCCUUCAGGUUCUUUGGCACCAUCAGCAGGUCAGUUUGGGGCAGAAUGGAAGGUUGAGGAUGAAGUGCAAUGCAGUGAUGGACCUGUAAAUGGUCCAUUGUGCCAAGAUCAAACUAUUGCUCAAAGUCUGUGUGAGAUCAUCAGGGACAAUCAGGGCCCAUUUAGCUUCUGCCAUGCUGUUGUAGAUCCACAAGCAUACUUUAAUGACUGUUUAUUUGACGUGUGCCUCUCUGGAAACAGUAAUGAUGUCUUGUGCCACUCUUUGGAAUCCUAUAUGAGGGCUUGUCAAUCUGCCAAUGCUGUGGUCUUCCCCUGGAGAGAAAGUGCAUCCUGUGUCAUGCCGUGUCAGUUAGAGAACAGUCACUAUGAGUUGUGUGGCACAGACUGUGGUCAUAUGUGUGCCAGCAGCGUUGAUGGUAGUUGUGAACACACAUGCUCAGAGGGUUGUUUCUGUAAUGAUGGAUUUGUGAGGAGCUCAGGACUCUGUGUACCUGUAGAGCAAUGUGGCUGCUUGAAUGAUGGAUUCUACUAUCAUAUUGGUGAACAGUUCUUAAGUUCAGAAUGUUCUCAACGCUGUGAGUGUUUUGGACCAAAUGAUCUGCGUUGUUCUGCAUCCUCUUGCCCACCGACUAUGGAGUGUACAGUCAGAAAUGGACAUCGUGGUUGUUAUGAUAUUCAAAACAUUACUCAUACUACUGUUGUGCCAAAGACAACUUCAAUAAGAGAAACCACUGACACUGAUGGUUGGAGCUUUACUUAUACGACUGUUGUACCAGAGACGACUUCAAUAAGAGAAACGACUGAAACUGAUGGUUGGAGUUUUACUGAUACAACUAUUGAACCAGAGACGACUUCAAGAAGUGAAACCACUUACACUGAUGGUUGGAGAUUUACUGAUACGACUGUUGUACCAGACACGACUUCAAUAAGAGAAACCACUAACACUGAUGGUUGGAGCUUUACUGAUACGACUGUUGUACCAGACACGACUUCAAUAAGAGAAACCACUGAACCUGAUGGUUGGAACUUUACUGAUACGACUGUUGUUCCAGAGACGACUUCAAUAGGAGAAACCACUGACAAUAUAACUGUCCCAUUUUAUCCAUUUGGAUCUGGAGACACAGAUAAUGAACGCUCUGAUGAUGGAAGUUCUGCAGUCAUCUACCUUCUGCAACCGUUUAUAUUUUUUGGACACACAUACAACCAAAUUUAUGUCAACAACAAUGGACACUUGACUUUUGAUGGACCAUGGAACAGCUGGUCUCCAUACAGCUUCCCAGGUCAUGGUGGCAAAGAUAUCAUCGCUCCAUUCUGGACUGAUAUUGAUAACCGUGGGAAUGGUGUGAUCUCAUAUCAGCAGUACACCUCUGGCGAUGUCCUGACGCAAGCUACACAAGACAUAAACCAAUACUUCCCUGAUCUGAGCUUUUCUGCUUCAUGGGUCUUUGUUGCAACUUGGGACAGAGUGGCAUAUUAUCCAUAUUCAGGAACUGAAACAUCUUUCCAAGUGGUUUUGAUUUCAAAUGGUCAUCUCUCAUUUGUUUUAAUGAACUAUGGUAGAAUUGCUCCAUCACAGCGAUAUGUACAGGCCGGUUAUGAAAACAUCGACUCCAGCUACUAUUUCUCAAUAACUGGAUCACUCCAGACUGACUUCACAGGCUUAACAUACAGCAGCAAUGUCAAUGUUACAGGCAGAUGGGCCUUCAGAACAGAUUAUGGACCACGUGGCUGUCAGUUCAAUGGUUUAUCAGUGCAAUUGGGAGAUUCUUUCUGGAGUGAUGCCACCUGUCAGGAGAGAUGCACCUGUACCAGAAGUGGCCUCCAGUGCAGCAUGGAACCCUGCACUUAUUCCCAAGCAUGUCGUGCAGCAGCUUUCCAAUACUCUUGUCAGUACAUUCCAAGACAAACCUGUACCAUCAUAGGAGAUCCUCACUACUACACCUUUGACAAUCAGAUUUUUCACUUUCAAGGAACUUGCACCUACGUUCUCUCUGAGGCUUGUGGAAAUGAUUUGCAAUAUUAUCGCAUUGAGGGCAAAAAUGAUCAUCGAGGUAGUACACGUGUGUCAUGGACUCGGAUGGUCAGAGUGUUUGUGUAUGAUCAAGAAAUUGAACUGAUUAAAGAUAACUAUUAUGAGGCAAAGGUUAAUGGGACCUUAAGAGCAACGCCAUUCACACUGAACAAUGGCUCCAUCCAGGUCUAUCAGUCAGGUUUCACCUUGGUCAUCAGCACAGACUUUGGUUUGGUUGUUACAUAUGAUUCAUACAGCUGGGUCGACAUAUCAGUGCCUUACGAAUACCAGAAUGCAACAUGUGGUCUGUGUGGGAACUUUAACCUGCAUCCUGAAGAUGAUUUCCGUUCUCCUUCUGGAGAGAUACUGAGCUCAGAUGUGGACUUUGCCAACUCUUGGAAAGUAGACAGAGACCCAGACCCUGAAUGUCAUAAUGUCAGGUGUGCAGGUCUGGCUUGUGCUAAUUGUAAUACAAAUGACAUGAGUGUUUACAGUGAUGCAAACCACUGCGGGAUCCUAGGAGAUGUUUUUGGUCCUUUUGCUGCCUGCCACUCUGUGUUUUCACCACAGACAUACAUAGAAAACUGUGUCUACGAUCUUUGCCUAGGAGGCGGAUACCAACCGAUUCUGUGUCAGGCUCUCAAUGUGUAUGCUGCUCAAUGCCAACAACAGGGGGUACAACUAGGCCACUGGAGACAACAGGGAUUUUGUGAGAUGAAUUGCCCUAUUGAGCACAGCCAUUUUGAGGCACAAGGAACAAGCUGCCCUGCCACCUGCAGUGAUCCCUCUGCUCCGAUUAACUGCCCCUUGCCGGGCCAGGAGAGCUGUAUUUGUGAUGAUGGGUACAUUCUCAGUGCUGGUACAUGUGUACCUGAAGCAGCCUGUGGAUGCACCUUUGAGGGAUUCUAUUACGCUGAGGGACAGUCAGUAGUGUUGGAUGAGGACUGUGGCAGGGAAUGUGUUUGCAGCAACAGGACAAUGAUCUGCAAUCAGCACCAGUGUGGUCCAGCAGAGGUGUGCAAAGUUCAUAACGGUGUUAGAGGCUGCAGACCCACCAGCUAUGCUACUUGUUCAGUUGAAGGCCUAGGUUCAUAUCAUACCUUUGAUGGACAAACCUUCAAAUAUCCUGGAGCUUGUGGAAUGAUCCUUGCAAGAGUGAUGGGGCCAACACAACUACCAUAUUUUGCUGUGACAGUGGAGAAAGUGCCUAGAGUUCCUCAAGAUUUUGCUAGGUUCCUUAAGUUUGAGGCAGAAGGAACUCUGGUCUCCAUAGAAAUGGGAGAGGAAAGCAAUGUUCAGAUAGACGGACAGAUGGUUAGUCUGCCCAUCAGUGUUGGUUCCAGUCAGAUACGCAUCUAUCACAGCAGUGUGAGAGGAUUUGUUCUUGAAACAAACUUUGGGGUGACCAUUAGAGCUGACUGGCCACACAUUGUCCGAAUCACAGCACCAAACACUUACAGUGGUACACUUGGAGGUCUAUGUGGAAACUUCAAUGAAAACAUUAACGAUGAGUUUUACAGCCCAGAUGGUGUCCUACAGAACGACACCCAGAUAUUUGCAGACAGUUGGCGUGAUGGGUCCCUUUCAGCCCACUGUGAGGACACAGAUGACCACUGGGAAAAAGGAUACUAUCAGAACAUGAGUCAGUUCAGUGAGCACUGCAGCAUCAUGACCAUACCUGAUGGACCAUUUGCUGAGUGCAGCAGAACACUAGACCCUUCACAGCGCAUACAAGAUUGUAUUCAAAUGUUGGAGCAGACAAGCGGUGCCAGGGAGGCUCUAUGUGAGGCCCUGCGGGGAUACACACUGCACUGCCAACAGAAUGGCAUCACAGUUGGAGAGUGGAGAAACCUUACCUCUUGUGAAUCCACAUGUCCACUAAAUACCCAUUAUGAAUUGUGUGGCACAUCCUGUCCUGCAUCCUGCCCUAGUCUCUCAUUUCCCUUCCAGUGCACUCUGCAGUGCCAGGAGGGAUGCCAGUGUAAUGAUGGACUUGUUCUGAAUGGAGAUCAGUGUGUGCCUCCAACAGGUUGUGGUUGCCACUAUGCUGGACGUUAUCGGCAGCCUGGAGAGCAGUUCUGGCAUGGUGAAGAGUGUCAGUCUCUGUGCGUUUGUGAUGGAAUUACUGGAAAUGUCCAAUGCACACCAUCAUCUUGCAGUGAACAAGAAGUCUGCAGUGUGGUGGAGGGAGAGUACGGCUGCCAUGCUAGGUCACAUGCUAGCUGUUCUGCUUCAGGAGACCCACAUUAUAAGUCUUUUGAUGGAACCUACUUUGAUUUUCAAGGCACGUGCACAUAUGUGCUGGCCACAGUAUGUAAUGACACUCGUGGGCUUCCGGUCUUCCAGGUGGAUGCAAGAAAUGAGGCUUGGCAGGGACUCACAGUGUCAAUGACCGUUGAGGUUUUUGUCAAUGUUUCUGAGCAUCUGGUACACAUGUCACAGGACAUGAAUGGUUAUUCUUCUGUUCAGGUUGAUGGAGAGAUCCGGAACCUUCCCAUCCUACUUGACUCUGGCCGGGUAUCUGUCUACUCCACUGGAUCACAAAUAGUUGUUUCAACUGACUUUGGUUUCAGUGUGACUUACGGCUUCUGGGCAGUAAACGUCAUUGUACCUGCAGACUACAGAGGAGUUACCUGUGGACUCUGUGGUAACUAUAAUGGUCAUACAGAAGAUGAUUUCAUGACUCCUUCAGGUUCUUUGGCACCAUCAGCAGAUCAGUUUGGAGCAGAAUGGAGGGUUGAGGAUGAAGUGCAAUGCAGUGAUGGACCUGUAGAUGGUCCAUUGUGCCAAGAUCAAACCAUUGCUCAAAGUCUGUGUGAGAUCAUCAAGGACAAUCAGGGCCCAUUUAGCUUCUGCCAUGCCGUUGUAGAUCCACAAGCAUACUUUAAUGACUGUUCAUUUGACGUGUGCCUCUCUGGAAACAGUAAUGAUGUCUUGUGCCACUCUUUGGAAUCCUAUAUGAGGGCUUGUCAAUCUGCCAAUGCUGUUGUCUUCCCCUGGAGAGAAAGUGCAUCCUGUGUCAUGCAGUGUCAGUUAGAGAACAGUCACUAUGAAUUGUGUGGCACAGACUGUGGUCAUACGUGUGCCAGCAGCGUUGAUGCUAGUUGUGAACACACAUGUUCAGAGGGUUGUUUCUGUAAUGAUGGAUUUGUGAGGAGCGCAGGACUCUGUGUACCUGUAGAGCAAUGCGGCUGCUUGUAUGACGGAUUCUACUAUGAUAUGGGUGAAGAGUUCUGGAAUUCAGAAUGUUCUCAACGUUGUGAGUGUUUUGGCCCAAAUGAUCUGCGUUGUUCUGCAUCCUCUUGCCCAUUGACUAUGGAGUGUACAGUAAGAAAUGGACAUCGUGGCUGCUAUGGUGAAAUGUCCACAUGUUCCGUGUGGGGUGACCCUCACUACAUCACCUUUGAUGGGGCUGUCGCCCACUUUCAGGGAACAUGUUCAUAUGAAAUUGCCCAGACCUGUGGUACUGUUACUGAUGAAGAUCUGGAGUUCCGUGUGGUGGCCACCAACAGACACCGUGGAAACAUGGCAGUGUCAUUUGUGUCUGUAGUGCAUGUUUGGGUGUCUCACCAUGGACAAAAGACGCAAAUAACUAUUGAACAGACCAAACAAGUCAAAGUUAAUGGGAAUUACUCUGACUCAGCUUCUCAAGCCCAUAAUCUGGUAGCGGUAUAUGAAGAGCAGGGAUUUGUGGUUGUGAAUGCAUUCAACAAACUUCUGGUCCAUUUUGAUGGCCAUAGCACCCUUCUAGUCAGAUUAAGCCAAAGUUACCAUGGAUCCGUAUGUGGAAUGUGUGGCAAUUACAAUGGAGACCCAGCAGAUGAUAUCGCAUCACCCAACGGAGACCUUGCACCUAAUGAUAAUGACUUUGGCAACAGCUGGAUAUCAGACACCAGUACACCAGGAUGUGGUGCCAGUGAUCGGGCCGCUAAUCCGAAUGAUUGUCCAUUUAAAAAGGAGUAUUCUGAUCUCUGCGCUAUUAUAACCAACAAAACUGGACCAUUCCAGCAAUGCCAUCUUUAUGUUGACCCUGCACCGUACUACUACUCCUGUGUUUAUGACCUGUGUCUCUACACACCAGAGAAUGGCAUGUUGCGUUCAUCUGUUCAGGGUUAUGAGGCGGCUUGUGUCAUCUUGGGCAUACAGAUCCCAGAGUGGCGCUCUAGUCCAUGCUGCAAUGUGGGAGACUGUUGUUCUGAGCUCAAUUGUACUGAAGAUGAAUGGUGUGGAGAGAAGAAUGGUGUUUACGGCUGUUUCUGCAAUGAGGACCAUCCCAGAUCUGACUCUUUUGGUACAUCUCAAACCUGUGAAAGCAGUACGGGAUCUAUAUCUAUAUCCCGCUGUCAGCUCUUUGAAGCUGGUUUUUCAGCUCAUGACCUGCACCUUAAUGAUCCCAGAUGCAGAGGAAUCAUCCAGAAUGGCCGAGUGGAGUUUAGUUUUGAUAACAAUGAACACAUCUGUGGUACAAAUCUUGUGGCCAAUGGCACUCAUUACAUCUAUGAGAACUUUAUUCUGGGGACAUCAGAUUCAGCUAAAGGGCUCAUUACCAGAGAGAGAAAACUGAAGCUAUCUUUCAGCUGCAUUUACGCUUUAAGCCAAACACUUUCCAUGAAUAUGGAAAUCAAUCCACUGGAGAGCAUUGUUCACAGGACCCUUCCUGCUGGUGAAGGGAGGUAUCAGGUUCGAAUGAUCCCAUAUCAGGAUGUUGGGUUCUCUCAGCCCUUCAAUGGUAAUGUGAAUGUAGAACUCAACCAGCAGAUUUUUGUUGAGGUUCGUGUUGAUGGGGUUGACAGUCGACAGUUUGCCACAGUGAUUGACCGAUGUUGGGCUACACCUGUGAAUGAUCCAGAUUACAGUCAGGGCUGGGAUCUCAUCACUGGAGAGUGUCCUAAUACAAAUGACGUGACAGUGGAGCUUCUUCAGAAUGGUGUCUCGACAUCCAGCCGUUUCUCCUUCGGCAUGUUUACCUUUACUGCCAACACCACUAAGAUUUACCUGCACUGUGGUGUUCAUCUUUGUCUUCUGGCCAGCAGUAACUGCUCAGCGCAUUGUUAUCCUGGAUGCCGUCAGAGGGAAGGCAGGUCUCUGGACUUCCAUGACAGUGCUUCCAUAUCCAUGGGUCCUCUGGUCUUGUCUGAAAAGAUCUCAGACACAUUGGUCUCAAUAAAAGGAAGAAAGUCUGGAGCUCGAGGUCUGUGUGGAAGCUUGAUAAUACUGCUGGUUUCACUUCUGACCGCCUGCAGCAUCUUCUAACAGAUUUCUUGAGAAAAAAAAAACAUGUAAUUUAAGUUUUAAAUAUUAUUUGUUUUAUCAUAUUAAUAUAUUAAUAUAAAUAAUAUAUAUGUUAUUUUAUUCUGUUUAACCAAGAAAAUUGAUCAUAAACAGUAAACUUAUUAUCAAUUAACUACCUUUACCUUUAUAAUGAUUUUAUGUGAUAUAAUCAUGGGCUUUACUCCAUGGUGAUAUUUUGCUAACUUGCUUUGAUGUAAAAGAUUGAUUUCUUGACUUUUAAAAUACGGUAUUGUAUAAAACAGUAAAUAAA